AUGCUAGAGAGCACCAACGAAGAUGAGACCUGGCGCUACAUUCGAUCGAGACUGGACCCACCAAAAAAGUGCCUGGGACUCACACCAAUCGUUUAUGAGGAAGCGCUGAGGACGGAGAGUGCCUCAGUGAAUGAGGCCUGGACGGACCACGGCACAGAGCUGCAUGAAGACGCAACUGGGCACUGCCGAAACCGAAUCUAUUGGCACCAAUAUGCUGCCAAACUACAGCGCCUCGACCCGGUACCGGAAUGGAACGACCCAAUCUUCUGGCCUGAAUCUGUUCGGACCCUGCUAUGCUCAAGCAACCGCAAAACACCUGGCUUUAACGGUAUCCCUGCGGAGUGGAUGAAACUGGUGACCCCAAAAGACGAGACAACAGGGACACCAUCGAUACCAGAUGAACCUGACACAAUCUUAGGCAAACGCCUUCUGGAGCUCAUCCAACGCAUGUUCGAAGAGGCGUACAUCCCGGAUGUACGGAGGACUGCCGAGGUCGUACCGAUCCUCAAAAAGGACUCCCCCACAGACAUGAACGACUACCAGACUAUGCGCCUCAUCCCGUCAAUCAUGAAGCUACUUUGCGCCAUUCCCACGAACCGGAUCCAGAGAGGCCUCCAGGAGCGCAAGUUCUUCGCCCCAGAACAGGCUGGAUUCCGGAGCCGCGAGGAAUGCAUGAGCCAUGCCCUGACCCACAUUGAAGUGGCGCAACGUCGCUCCAUUGGCGGCCAACAACCAACUUACGUAUGCUUCAUCGACUUUCAAAAGGCCUUUGAAACGGCCCCGCACGAGGCUCCGUUUCUCAAGAUGGAACGCGCCGGAGUCUCCGAAAAGUGCUUGGCGUUCUUCAGUGCGCUCUAUGCAGACUCGUGGAUGCGCAUCCGACUGGGCGACGGGUCAAAAACCCCUUCCAUAAGAAUCCGACGUGGACUGCGACAGGGCGAACCCGCAUCCACGCUCCUUUUCAGCAUCUUCAUCAACGAUCUGCUGAACAACCGCAGACAAUUCGUGGUUGAGGUGCCGUGGAUAGACUGCGGAGAGCCCGGUAAAGAGCCCUCGCAUAGGAACCGCCUCGCAGGCCUUCUAUUCGCGGACGAUGUGGUGCUGUUGGCACCCGCCCCGGAAACGCUUGCGGCUAGCAUGGAACAAGUUAGCGCCUGGGCCGAUCGCUGGGAGAUGAGCAUAGGAGCAUCGAAGUGCGGCGUCAUGGUCAUCCAUGGAGACUCGCAGAGCAUUCGCAAUCGCUCGUGGCGGUUGCAGAAUCAGGAAAUUCCGAUCGUGGAAAAAUAUCGCUACCUGGGGGUCUGUCUCACGCCGACGCUCGACGAAAAGGCACACGUUGACGAGAUGAUCGCCAAGAUGCAUAGAGGUACAGCGAUCGCACGCCCAUUCCUAUCCGAUCCCUCUAUCCCCUUAGCAAUCCGUACGAGGGCGCUAAGGAUGUGUAUCAUCCAGCCUGCGACCUGGGGUGCUGGGUGGUGCGGCAUGAAGCACACAAAUGCCUCACGUCUGCAGACAGCCGCUAACAGGGCAAUGCGACUCGUUGUUGUUGUUGGAUGCUCAAUGCAGAGCAGAGCAACCAACCCGCUGGCACUCGGACUUGAACUCCAAAUACCCUCGACAGAAGCGAUAGCAGCAGGCUGCCGGGCAUGUAUGCGGGCCAAAGGGCCCACUAUGCGCACCUCUUUGAGUCGGAUUUUCAUGCAGACCCCAACGCACCGCUAG